GGCUUUGGCGGCUGGUUUGAACUGCUUGCGACGUCUGGCGAGAUCCGUGCUCAUAUCCGGGAAAAGGCUGACCCUUUUGCCAUCGAUGGUGAUGUCCCCUUUGGCCUCUUGCAAGUCGCAGUAUCUUCUCCCUGUCCUGGAAACGGAGGAACCUGAUCAGGACGGCCCGUGUGGGCUCAUCUGGCGUUGGUUUCGGUGUUGAGGUUCUGUGGGCGCGUUCGAUUUCCAGCGGCUUGGUGAAGUUGGUUAUGCCUAGGACUUCAGGGAUCCAUUGAGUGAAGAAACUGACGGGGUCACAGCCCUCGCUGUCCUCCUUCAAUCCCACCACACGGAUAUUGCUACGUCUGCUCUGGUUCUCCAACUUGUCUACCAUGUUUUUGAGAUAGGCAUUGUCCUUCUGCAGCUGUUUCAUUACCUGUUCAUGUCGAGUGAUGGUAUCUUCAACUGUGCUAAUGCGCAACUCAGCCUCAAUCGUUCUCAAAAGGAGAUCAUUCAGGGAGGAUUUCAGGUUGUCAAUGGAAGAAAGGAGCUCAGCCGAAAUCUUGUCAAUUUUCAGUGAAAGACGUUUGUUACCAUCUUGAAUUUCCUGGAGGAGAGUAGCAAGCAUGCCGGAGGACUAGGAAGAGGCUGCUGAGUGCAACAGUCUGGAACUGUCGUCUGAGUUACCAGGCUAAUGCUUAUCUUGCUAGCUGUGGGGUUAUCAUUAUCUUGGGAUUGAGUUUUGGUCAUCCUUUUUGCCUCUCGGUCGGAGGUCCAUGACUCUUUGGGAAGGUACAGUGGGGGAAAAAAGUAUUUAGUCAGCCACCAAUUGUGCAAGUUCUCCCACUUAAAAAGAUGAGAGAGGCCUGUAAUAUUCAUCAUAGGUACACGUCAACUAUGACAGACAAAAUGAGAAAAAAAAAUCCAGAAAAUCACAUUGUAGGAUUUUUAAUGAAUUUAUUUGCAAAUUAUGGUGGAAAAUAAGUAUUUGGUCAAUAACAAAAGUUUCUCAAUACUUUGUUAUAUACCCUUUGUUGGCAAUGACACAGGUCAAACGUUUUCUGUAAGUCUUCACAAGGUUUUCACACACUGUUGCUGGAAUUUUGGCCCAUUCCUCCAUGCAGAUCUCCUCUAGAGCAGUGAUGUUUUGGGGCUGUCGCUGGGCAACACGGACUUUCAACUCCCUCCAAAGAUUUUCUAUGGUGUUGAGAUCUGGAGACUGGCUAGGCCACUCCAGGACCUUGAAAUGCUUCUUACGAAGCCACUCCUUCGUUGCCCGGGCGGUGUGUUUGGGAUCAUUGCCAUGCUGAAAGACCCAGCCACGUUUCAUCUUCAAUGCCCUUGCUGAUGGAAGGAGGUUUUCACUCAAAAUCUCACGAUACAUGGCCCCAUUCAUUCUUUCCUUUACACGGAUCAGUCGUCCUGGUCCCUUUGCGGAAAAACAGCCCCAAAGCAUGAUGUUUCCACCCCCAUGCUUCACAGUAGGUAUGGUGUUCUUUGGAUUCAACUCAGCAUUCUUUGUCCUCCAAACACGACAAGUUGAGUUUUUACCAAAAAGUUCUAUUUUGGUUUCAUCUGACCAUAUGACAUUCUCCCAAUCCUCUUCUGGAUCAUCCAAAUGCACUCUAGCAAACUUCAGACGGGCCUGGACAUGUACUGGCUUAAGCAGGGGGACACGUCUGGCACUGCAUGAUUUGAGUCCCUGGCGGCGUAGUGUGUUACUGAUGGUAGGCUUUGUUACUUUGGUCCCAGCUCUCUGCAGGUCAUUCACUAGGUCCCCCCGUGUGGUUCUGGGAUUUUUGCUCACCGUUCUUGUGAUCAUUUUGACCCGACGGGGUGAGAUCUUGCGUGGAGCCCCAGAAUGAGGGAGAUUAUCAGUGGUCUUGUAUGUCUUCCAUUUCCUAAUAAUUGCUCCCACAGUUGAUUUCUUCAAACCAAGCUGCUUACCUAUUGCAGAUUCAGUCUUCCCAGCCUGGUGCAGGUCUGCAAUUUUGUUUCUGGUGUCCUUUGACAGCUCUUUGGUCUUGGCCAUAGUGGAGUUUGGAGUGUGACUGUUUGAGGUUGUGGACAGGUGUCUUUUAUACUGAUAACAAGUUCAAACAGGUGCCAUUAAUACAGGUAACGAGUGGAGGACAGAGGAGCCUCUUAAAGAAGAAGUUACAGGUCUGUGAGAGCCAGAAAUCUUGCUUGUUUGUAGGUGACCAAAUACUUAUUUUCCACCAUAAUUUGCAAAUAAAUUCAUUAUAAGUCCUAAAAUGUGAUUUUUUGGAGAAAAAAAAUUCUCAUUUUGUCUGUCAUAGUUGACGUGUACCUAUGAUGAAAAUUACAGGCCUCUCUCAUCUUUUUAAGUGGGAGAACUUGCACAAUUGGUGGCUGACUAAAUACUUUUUUCCCCCACUGUAUAUCCUAUUUUCCAUUGUUUAGCUGGAAUGGAAUGUUAGUAUACUGUUUAUUUGACUGUGAUAUGUAGUCGUCUCACCUAGGUAUGUUAAGAUGAAUGCACUCACUGUAAGUCGCUCUGGAUAAGAGCAUCUGCUAAAUCAGUGGUUCCCAAACUGUGGGGCUUUUUUCUUUUUUUUUUACUCAGUCCGGCUUUCAACUUACGCUUGUAAGUUGUAAUAGUAGAAUGCACAAGGUGCCAUUUCGAAAUUGGGUAGUGCAUCAUCAGUGUUCCUCUUGUCAUGUCGGUCAUUGCAUACCUUAGAGAGCUAUUUACAACUUGUCAGAAAUGUCCAGAUCAACUAGCCCAUGUCAGCUAAACAUUUUUACCUAGGUUUCUUAGCCCAUAGAUUUUGUUGUAAUAUUUGAGUCACUCAAAUAUCCCAUGAAUACACAUUAGACAUGGCUAAAUGUAUAGAAUUGCAAGGAAAUUUUCUUUAAAACUGCUAAAUUUUUUCUGCACCCCAUGACUAAAUGUGUAGAAUUGAAGGAAAUAAGCUUUAAACCUGCAAAAUGUUCUCUCCACCAACAAUAGGGGUGUGAUCAGUUUGUGUCAUGAACAGUGCUUGUACCCAUAGAAAUAGACGUGAAGUGCGCGCACACAGGGGGGGCACGGGAUGUUCCCCAAUGCUAGAAGGGGAGCCUGAGUGAAAAAGUUUGGUAACCCCUGAGCUAAAUAACAAAAAUGUAAAUGUUUUACAUACAGAUCUCAUAUUACUGUAUUAAUUCAUAUAUGUAAAACAUAUUGAUGUCACAAAUGUAUCAUUUGUACAGUUCUUUAUUAAAAAUGAAGUUAUUUGUUACAUUUGACUGUAAAACCUAGUAGUACUACUUAUUUCUCUGAGAGUGAGGUGGACACAUAGUGUUUUGCAAAAAAACAUGGUUACUUGUCUCUUUGAAAUGAAACCACAACCACCAAACCCCAAACAGGGUCAAAACCCUUUAACCAUGUUAAAAAGAAAACCCAAUUCUUUCAAAUUUUUAAAAAAAAACUUCCCCAAAUGGAAAAGUUUUCCCUGCAUUUUUGGAAAAAAAUUUUUUUGGGGUUUUUUGUUGUGUGUGUUAGUAAUUUUUGGGUUUGUUAAGAAAAAAAAAGGGAAAAGGGGGGAGUAGGUUUAAGGAAGGGGUUUUGUUUUAAACAUUUUCGAAAGGGAAAUUCAAAAAAAAAUUUUUUAAAAACCCAAAACAUUUUGUUUGUUAAAAAAAAGCCCGAAGGGAAAAUUUGCCAAAAAAAGGGUAUUUUGUUCAAGGGUUAAAAUGUUUAUUUUGGGGUUUUUCCCCCAUUUAGAAGGUGUUUCCCAGAAGGGAUUUUUCAAAAAAAAAUUUUCCAAAAAAGGGCAGAAGGGGGUCAAAUUUUUCCAUGGUGGGGAAGGGAAAUUGUUAUUGGAAUGUGAGAAAAAGUGGGGUUUUUGGGGGGCCGUGAGAUUCAGGGGGAUGUGUUGUGGUGUGUUUGUGGUGUGUUUGGGGGUUUGUGGGGGAGGUUAGUGGGUGUUGAGGGGGGGGGAGGGGUGGUUGUUUCCAUAGGGUAGGGUGUUUCCAUAGGGUGUGGUGUGGGGUUUGGGGUUUCCAGUGGGGUGUGUUUUUCCCAGUGGGGUAGGUUUUUCAGAGGGUAUGUGCGUAGGGUAGGGGGUUUCCAGUAGGGUAGUGUAUUUCCAGUAGGGUAGUGUGUUUCCAUAGGGGGGGUUUUUUCCCAGUGGGAAAGGGGGUUUUCCAGUGGGGAUGGCAGUGGGGUUAGGGUUUCAGUAGGGUAGGUUCAUAGGGUAUGUUUUUUCCAGGGGGGUAUUGGUUUUUCCUGGGGUAGGUGUAUAGGGUAGGGGUUUUUCCCGUGGGGGUUGGUGUCAGUAGGGUAGUGGUUCCAGUAGGGAUGUGUCAUAGGGUAGUGUUUUUCCCAGUGGGGUUGUUUUUCCAUAGGGGUAGGGUUUCAGGGGUAGUGUUUUCAGGGGGAUGGUCUAGGGUAGUGUUUUUUCCAUAGGGUAGUGUGCCAGUAGGUAUGUGUUUCCAUAGGGUAGGUGUUUCCAGUAGGGAGUGUGUAGUAGGUAGGGGUUUUCAGUGGGGGUAGUGUUUUUCAUAGGGUAGGGUUUUUGAAUGUUUCAUAGGGUAGUUUUUUCCAGUGGGGUAGUGGCAGUGGGGUUUAGUGUUUUUCCAUAGGGUGGUUUUUCCAGUGGGUAGGUGUUCCAGUAGGGGGGAGUGUUUCCAGUAGGGGAGUGUUUUUCCAGUAGGGUAGUGUUCGGGGGAGUGUUUUCCGGGGGGUAGUGUUUUCCGUAGGGUAGGGGUUUUUCGUGGGGGUUGUGUCAUAGGGGUGUUUUUUCCAGUGGGGUUUGUGUUUUCCAGUGGGUGUGUUUUCCAGUGGGGUAGGUUUUUCAGGGGGUGUGUUUUUCAUAGGGUAGUGUUUUUUCCAGUAGGGUAGUGUGUUUCCAGUAGGGGUGAUUUUCCCCGUGGUAUGUUUUUCCCUGGGAGGAUGGGGUGUGUUUUCCAGUGGGGUAGUGGGGUUCCAGAGGGUAGUGAGUUUCCAUAGGGUAUGUGCGUAGGGGGUUUUUCCCCGAAAGGGUUUUAGGGAGUUUUCCAUGGGGUGGUCAGUAGGGUAGGGUCAGUGGGUAGUGUUUUAAGUUUGUGUUUCCAGUAGGGUAUGCCGUUUUUCAGUGGGGUAGUUUUUCAGAGGGUGUGUGUUUCCAAAGGAGGGUUUUUUGGGGUGUGUUUCCAGUAGGGUAGUGUGUUUUUUUUCCCAGUAGGGGGUUGAGUUUUUCCAGUAGGGUGUUUUUCCAGAAGGGUGGUUCGUAGGGUGUGUUUUUCCCAAGAAUGUUUUUUCCAGUAGGGUAGUGAGUUUCCAGUAGGGUAGUGUGUUAGUAGGAUAGUGUGUUCAGAAAUAGUUUUUUUCCCCAUGGGGUAGGGGUUUCGUUAGGGUGUAGGGAGGUUUUUCCAUAGGGUAGGGUUCCAGUAGGGAGUUUUUUUUCCAUUGGGUUGUUCUGGGGUAUGGUUUUCCUGGGAGUGGUUCCGUGGGAGUGUUUUCCCAAGGGUUUGGUGUUUCCAUGGGGUAGUGUUUUUCCAGUAGGGAGGUUUUUCCAGUGGGUGUGGUUUCCAGUGGGUAGUGGCAUGGGGUGUGACGGGGAGUGUUUUUCCAGUAGGGUAGUUUUUUUUCCGUGGGGUAGUGGUUUCCAGAGGGAGUGUUUCCAGUAGGUAGGGUUUUCCAUAGGGUGUGUGUCAUGGGGUAGUGUUUUCCAGUGGGUAUGGUUUCCAGAGGGUAGUUGUUCCGGGGGGUAGUUUUUUUCCAGUGGGGGAGUGUUUCCUAGGGAUGGUUUCCAGUAGGGUAGGGGUUUUCCAGGGGGUUUGGGGGGUUUCCGUAGGGUGUGUUUUUCCCUUAGGGAUGUUUUCAUAGGUAUGUUUCGUGGGGGGUUUUUUAGGGGGGGUUUCAUAGGGUGUGUGCAAGGGUAGUGGUUUUCCCCCGUAGGGUAGGUGUUUCCAUGGGGUAGUUUUGUUUCCAGUGGGGUAGUGUUUUCCAGUAGGUAGUGUUUUUCCCAGUGGGGGGUUGGGGUGUGUUUUUCCAGAAAGGGGGUGUGUGUUUCCGAGGGUAGGUGGGGGUGGGUAGUGUGUCAGUAGGGGGUUUUUCCGUGGGGUAUGGUUCCAGGGGGGUAUGUGUCCGGGGUGGGGUUUCCCAUAGGGUAGUGUUUUUCGUGGGGUAGUGUUUCUGGGGUAGGGGUUUCCAGUAGGGUAGUGGGUUAGGGGGUGGUUUAGUGGGAUGGUUUUCCAGUAGGGUAGUGUGUUUCCAGUGGGGUGUGUGUUUUCCAGAGGGUGGGUUUUUCCAGUAGGAUGUGGUUUCCAGUAGGGUAGGGGGUUUUUUCCAGUAGGGUAUGUUUUCCCCGUAGGGUAGGGGGGUGUUUCGGGGUAGGGGAUAGGUGUUUCCCGUAGGGUAGGGUUUUUCCCAGUGGGGGGGUGUGUUUUCCAUGGGGGUGUGGUUCCAGGGGGUAGUUUUUUAGUAGGGUGUGUGUUUCCUGGGGUGGUUUUUCAGAGGGUAGUGUUUUUUCCGUGGGAGUUGUUUUCCAGUAGGAUGGGGUUUUUCAUGGUGUGGGGUUCCAGUGGGAUGUGUUUUUCCCAGUAGGGUAGUGUUUUUCCGUAGGUGGUUUUUCGGGGGGUUUGGGUUUCCGUAGGUAGUGUUUUCCGUAGGGUAUUUGGUUUCCAUGGGGAUUUGUUUUUUCCCAUAGGGUAGGUGUGUCAGUAGGGUAGUGUGUUUCCAGUAGGGUAGUGUGUUUCCUAGGUAGUGUUUUCGUGGGGGAGUUGUUUCCAGGGGGUAGGGGUUUUUCCAUGGAUAGGGUGUCGGGGGGUUUGGUUUUCCAUAGUAGUGUGUUUCCAGUAGGGUAGUGUGUUUCCAGUAGGUAUUUAGUAGUUGGGUUUUUCCAGUAGUAGUGUUUUUCAGUGGGGUAGUUUUUUCCAUGGGGGGAUUUUUUUCCGUGGGAGGGUUUUUCCAGUAGGUAGUGUUUUUCCCCCAGUAGGGUAGUUUUUUCCAGUAGGGAGUGUGUUCCAGUGGUAGGUGUUUCCGUAGGGAGGUGUUUCCAGUAGGUAGUGUGUCAGUGGGGAGUGUUUUCCAUGGGGUAGUGUGGUUUCCAGUGGUAGUGGUUUCCAGUGGGGUAGGGGGCGUAGGGGUAGUGUGUCAGUGGGGGUAGUGUGUCGUAGGGUAGUGUUCAGUGGGUGUUUUUCCGUAGGAUAUGUUUCCAGUAGGGUAUGUGCCAGUGGGUAGUGUUUUUCCAGUAGGUAGUGUUUUUCCAGAGGGGGGGUUUAGGGGGUAGGUUUUCAGUAGGGUGUGGUUUCCAGUAGGAUAGUGUGUUUCCAGUAGGGUAGUGAGUUUCCAGUAGGGUUUUUUUGUUGGGAGGGUAGGUUUUUCCAGAGGAUAGGGUUUCAGUGGGGUGGGGGUAAUAGGGUAGGGGUUUCCAUAGGGUGUGUUUCCCCAGUGGGGUAUGUUUUCCAGUGGGUAGUUUUUCCAGUGGGGUAGUGUUUGGUUUUUCGUAGGGAGUGUUUUCCAGUGGAUUUUUAGGAUAGUGUUUUGGGGGUGGGGAGGGGGGGUAGUGUUUUUCAUGGAGUGUUUUUCCCAGUGGGGGUAGUGUGGUUCCAGUAGGGUAUGUUUUCCAUAGGGAGUGUGUUUCCAGGGGUAUUUUUAGGGGGAGGGGGUUUCCAGUGGGGUGGGGGUUUUCCAGUGGGUAGUUUUUCAGUGGGGUAGGUUUUUUUCCAGUAGGUAGUGGGUCAGUGGGGAUGGUGUUCCGGGGUAGUGGUUCAUAGGGUAGGGGUUUCCAGUGGGUAUUUUGUUUUCCAGUAGGAUGUGUGUUUCCAGUAGGGAGUGUGUUUGUUUUUUCCAAAAGGGGUAUUUUGGGUUUCCAGUAGGGUUGUUUUUCCAGUGGGGUUGUCAGUGGGGUAGUGUGUUUCCAGUAGGGUAGUGUGUCAGUAGGGUAGUGUUUCCAGUAGGGUGUGUGUUUCCAGUGGGUGGUUUCCCAGUGGGGUAGGUUUUUCCUAGGUAGUGUGUUUCCAGUAGGGUAGUGUGUUUCCAGUAGGGUAGUGUGUUGCAUAGGGUAGGGGGUUCCGUGGGGGGUUUCCAGUGGGGUGGGUUUGUUUCCAGAGGAUAUGUGUUUCCAUGGGUAUGGUCAGUGGUAGGUGUUUCCAGUAGGGUAUGUUUUUUCCGGGUAUUUGGGUUUCCCAGUAGGGAGGGGUUUUCAUGGGGUAGGUUUUUCCAGUAGGUGUGUGUUUCGUAGGAUAUGUUUUUCAUGGGGUAGUUGUUCAGUAGGUAGUGUGUUUCCAGUAGGGUAGUGUUUCAGUAGGUGGGGCUGGGGUUUUUCAGUGGGGUAGGGGUUUUCCAGUGGGGUGUGUUUUUCCCCCAAAGUUUAAGGGGUGUGUUUCAGUAGGGUAGGGGUUUUUUCCGGGAGUUUUUUUAGGGGGUGGUUUUCCGUAGGUAGGAGCCCAGUGGGUUUAGGUGGUUUCCAGUAGGGUAGUGGUUUUUCCCAGUGGGGUAAGUGUUUUUUUCAUGGGGUAGGGUUUUUCCCAGUAGGGGUAUAUUUUGGGGGUUGUUUUUUUUUUGGGGGUUUUGUUUGUAGGGUAGGGGGUUUCAGUAGGGGGGUGUUUCAUAGGGUAGGGGUUUUUCCAGUGGGGUGGGUUUUUUAGUGUGUUUUCCCUGGGUAGGUUUUUUUCUGGGGUGUGUUUCCAGUAGGGUAGUGAGUUUCCAGUAGGGUAGUGUUUUUCCCAGUAGGGUAAUAUGUGGGGAACCUUCUUUCGUAUUCUGAGUCUGUGUUUGUUUGUAACAACAUCCCCACACUUGUCUGUGAAAGUUUCUCUGGUUUUCCAUGUCUCAGGGUGACUUUUCACCAACUUUCAUUCCUGUCAGAGAGAGAGUGAAAAGCAAGAGAGUGAGAAAACAAAGGAGUGGAGCCUGUCAAACCAUCACUCAGAAAAGGUGCACUAUAACUUGAGCUUCAGUGAGAAAAGCACUUUUCCACGCUAGAUUCCAACUCUCGCUGUUUUGUCCAAAACAUGUUGUGUUGUUGUUGCUUUGUGGUUCUAGAUGAGGCCUUUCUGUCAGUACUGUCAGUGAGUAUGUUUACAUGGACAGUAAGAAUUCGAUAUUAAACUGAUUACAGCAGUAGGCAGAUUAUGCAAUAGUCAUGUUAACGCCUUACUCUGCUUAUCUUAAUCGGCGUAAGGUCAAAAUACAGCGAUUUAAAACACCUGGUUUUCUAAGCAAUCUUUCGAAUUAUUAGGACAUGUAAACACCUUAAUGGGCGUUCCAGCUGUGUAUUUGAUCUGCACAUGUGCUAGCACCAGCCCAGCGAGCCUCCCUCUAGUGCGUGUGAAAUCCCGUGUGGCUCAGUUGGUAGAGCAUGGCACUUGCAACGCCAGGGUUGUGGGUUCGAUUCCCACGGGGGACCAGUAUGAAUGAAAAUGUAUGCACUCACUACUGUAAGUCGCUCUGGAUAAGAGUGUCUGCUAAAUGACUAAAAUGUAAAUGUGAGUUCUGGACAACUGAAUGCAUGUGUCUUAGAAGUCGUUUUCACAUGCAAACAUUAUAUGUCCGAACUCAGAAUCAAAUAUGCUUACCAAAAAUAACAUGGUCACUGUGGUAGAAUGUUUAUUUUGAUUGGCGAAUUAUCAGAGUGCCAUCAGGUAGCCUGAUUUCAGAUGUAAACAGGAUUAUUAGGUAAAUCGUUCUUCUUGCAAAGCAUGUAAAUGUUUUAAUCAAACUAAUAUAUGAAUCUGAUGAUCCACAAUAAUCGCAUUAUUGUGUGCAUGUAACUGUACUCAGUGGCACACAGACAAGCAUCGUCUGCCUUUGGUGUUUCCAACAGCUGGCAUUCUCUAUUCCCCACCCACCCGUGCUACUCUCUACUCAAACCUACUAAUGUGCCCAAUCAGAGUCCUUAUGCAACGCUGCUCUCAAUCGCUUCUCCAGUAGGGUAGUGUGUUUCCAGUAGGAAAGUCUCAGUCUUAUCCCAACCACUUAAAUGGCCUGUUUCAUGUUAACAUAUGUAUAAUACACUGAUGUAGGGUCUCCUGUAAUAAUGCAUGUGUAUAAUCAGUCUCUUCUCUCUCUCUCUCUCUCUCUCUCUCUCUCUCUCUCUCUCUCUCUCUCUCUCAUCCGUCUCUCUCUCGUCUCUCUUCUGCUAUCUCCUCUCUCUCUCUCUCGCUCUUCCAUCUCCUCGUCCUCUCUCUCGAUCCUCUCUCUCUCUCUCUCUCUCUCUCAUGGAGAGCUGUUAAUGUCGACCUUUAGUGAACAUUGUUGUCUUGUGAGGUGUUGGCCGCCACUUGCUUGUUCACCCUAUUCCCUCUAUGGCUCUACCUCUCUCUCACUGUGCUGUACAGAGCAGAUUACAUUCACUCACUGAGGGGGUCAAUUGCCACAGGCUUGGAGGGAUGUUCCCAAAGUCAUUCAUUUCUCCUUCCUCCUCUCUUCUUCCCUUAUGCUGUCAUUUAGGUUCCUUUCACACACCCCUGUUGUCUUUCUCAGCAACCUCCCUCUCUCCCUACCUCCCUCCCUCUCUCCCUACCUCCUUCCCCCUCUCCAUAUCUCCCUCCCUCCCACUACUACCCCUCCACCUCCCCUCUCUCACUCCCUCCCUCUCUCUCUCCCUAAACGCCCUCCUUCCCCCCUCUCCCACGACUACCGCCUCUACCUCCCCUUCCUCUCACUCCCUCCCUCUCUCUCUCCCUACCGCCCUCCUAUCCCCCUCUCACACUACUACCCCUCCACCACCCCCUCUCCACGUCCUCCCUCUCUCUCUCCCUACCGCCCUCCUUCCCCGUCUCCCACUACUACCCCUCCACCACCCCUCUCACUCCUCUCUCUCUCCCUACCCCUACCGCCCUCCUUCCCCCCUCUCCCUAUCUCCCCUCCCCCUCGCCCCUAAUCUCCCUCCCCCUCUCUCCUACUACACCCCUCCACCACCCCUCUCUCACUCCCUCCCUCUCUUCCUACCUCCCUCCUUCCCCCCUCUCCCUAUCUCCCUCCCCCUCUCCCUAUCUCCCGCUCUCCUUCUCCCACUACUACCCCUCCACCAUCUCUAUCUCUCUCUCUCUCUCUCUCUCUCUCAUUAACAUUUCUCUCCGUAUAUCGACGGCACCUCCUCGCUGUGUCAUUUCUAAAAUGACAGAUGGACUUUUUAAAGGAAGCCAACAAUAAGCGCUUUGGGAAAUUAAUUGUAGCUUUGUGUUGAAUUGAUGGCAGCUAGCGACAUCCUUUAUCUCCCCCCGAAAAUGAAUAUAAAUGUAUUUUAUGGACGGGACAGGGUUGAUUUCAUCUCUCAUUGGCUAACUCAUCCUCUGGCCCCUCCCCCUUUUGCAUUAAUCUACAAGAGGCUCUCCGUCAUGGUGGAAGCAGGAGCAGAGACAGAUGAAUUAGCUGUCAGAACACAGGAAAGAAGAUAAAAGGCAAAGCGAUCUCCACUUUGGAAAUAUGACAAUGUGUUCCAGUUGUCAGACAAAUGUGUUCUUAGUUUAGACAGGGGAAAGAGACUGAUGUGAAUCUUAAAUGUCUUUUUUUUCUUCUUCUCUGUUGUGUGUGUGUUUACACGUGUGUACAUGCUUGUGUGUGUGUGUGUGUGCAUACGUGUUUUUUUUGUCUGUUCGCCUGUGACUGCAUAUGUAUGUCUGUGUGUGUGUGUGUGUGUGUGUGUGCCUAUGUUUGUCCCUGUCUCUGUGUGUGUGUGUGUGUCUGUCUGCCUGCCUGUAUAUCUGUGCGUGCCUGCAUGGUUGUGUGUCUGUCUGUCUGUCUGCGGUUGCGUGUGUGUGGAUACCCAGGUCACGGUGUCAGACGGCGGUCCCAGCCCCAAACACUCCACGGUGUGGGUGAUCGUCCACGUGCUGGAUGAGAAUGACAACAAGCCCACGUUCCCAGAGAAGGUGUACCAGAUCAAGCUACCAGAGAGGGACAGGAGGAAGAGAGGAGAGCCUAUCUACAGGGCCUUUGCCUACGACAGGGAUGAAGGGGUUAACGCUGACCUCUCCUACAGCAUCAUCGACGGCAACGAGGACGGCAAGUUCUUCAUCGACCCCAAGACGGCGGUGGUGUCGUCACGGAAGCAGUUCACCGCCGGGAGCUACGACAUCCUCACUGUAUGUGACCUUUGAACUUUACUUUGAAUCUGUGUGUCUCUUUCUAACCAACUGCCAUUAUCUUUGUCUUGUUCUACCCCCGUCUCUCUCUUCUCUUUCACUUAGACAAAUACAAAAAAGCUCAAAUGUUCCUCAUUUCAAUAUUAACGCGUCUUUUUGUGAAGUAGGCUAUAUGAACUAAGAACUCUCAGUGUAUUUCCUCAGUCAUAUUUCAUGAUGUUUUCUUCAACAGUACAGUAUAUCACUCUCUCUAUAAUCCUCUUGCCAUUCUUCUAGAUAUUUCUUGCCACUCUCAUCCUUUCUGUGACAAAUGAUAAUUCAUAUGAAAAUUACAUGUUUCUCUCUCUCCAUCACCUCCCCUCCAUUUCUCUGAUCCUUGUUCUCUCUUUCUCUCUCUAACGCUCUCUUUCUCCAACCCUUUUCCUCUUUCCCUCCUCCUUCCCUUCUGUCCUCCCCAUCCCCAGAUCAAAGCCACAGAUAAUGGCCGCCCCCAGAAGUCGUCGACGGCCCGCCUGCACAUCGAGUGGAUCCGUAAGCCCUCGGCCUCAGUGGCCCCCCUGCUGUUCGACGAGCAGUACUACAACUUCACCAUCAUGGAGAGUGACAAGGUGGCCGAGAUAGUGGGUGUGGUCUCCAUGCAACAGAGCUCCAACCCCCUCUGGUUUGACAUCACAGGUAUGGCUCCACCCAGAGGCGGGGGCUGAUGGGCGGUUUGUUUGGGGGAGGGAUGUAUCUGAUUGGCUGAGGUGACUGUCAGUCAGGUAGGGUAUGUACCAUUAUUGGUGCAUGGUGUUUGGGCUGACGUUUUGGUUUGGUUUGAUGUGUGUGUUUGUGCGUGAGGCCCAGCUCAGGUACUGUGACCUCACUGCAUGGUCUGUUGCCAGUGUGUCUCUCUCUCUCUCCUCUGCCAUCCCACGGUCACCAUGCCGAUUUUAGCACACACCACCGGCUGUAAAGGUCUGUACUCUAAUGGAGAGAAAUGCCAUGCGCUUAAAGGGGUUAAUUCACUCUCUUUGGAAGAUUGACAACAUUGACAAACUUACAUUUUGAAAUGAAGCACCCCUUUAAAGUGCUUAAAUAUUUAUGCUGUUUUUUUACCAUAAUGAUUGAGCUCAUUAUACCAACUACAGCUGCUAAGAAAUAUGUCUUUGACAUGCUGAUUUCAGACACAAUUUACUGUCUAAUUCUCAUGGUAAAGAAUUUUGUGUAAGAUCAGUGGAAUGUCCCUUUAAGAGUUGUUAAAUGCCAGGGACAUGCCACACUUACAAGUAUUUUCUCAAUUUUAAACCUUUUGAUCUUUUGAAGUCCAAUUUUAUCCACAUAAAAGGCUCAAAAAGAUUAUGUAAUAUCCAGUUUACGUAUCUGCAUUUUUCUGCCAACAUGCAGCGACAUUUGUCAAAUCCAUAUCGUUUUGUGAAUUAAUUAUUGUCAAAGCCAGUCAGUUUUAAUCUUGCUUUAAUUAUUUUAAUUAAUUUAAUCAGUUGCAAAAUCCAUUUAGUUUUAUUAGAAUUUAAGUUUUGUUAGAAUUAAUAUGAUUAUGCAGUUUAACUUUCUAUGAAUUGAUUGUGGUCCAUCUACAGUGGCUUGCAAAAGUAUUCACCCCCAUUGGCAUUUUUCCUAUUUUGUUGCCUUACAACCUGGAAUUAAAAUGGAUUUUGGGGGGGUUUGUAUCAUUUGAUUUACACAACAUGCCUACCACUUUGAAGAUGCAAAAUAUUUUUUCUUGUGAAACAAACAAGAAAUAAGACAAAAAAACAGAAAACUUGAGCGUGCAUAACUAUUCACUCCCCCCCCCCCAAAGUCAAUACUUUGUAGAGCCACCUUUUGCAGCAAUUACCGUUGAAAGUCUCUUGUGGUAUGUCUCUAUAAGCUUGGCACAUCUAGCCACUGGGAAUUUUGCCCAUUCUUCAAGGCAAAACUGCUCCAGCUCCUUCAAGCUGGAUGGGUUCCGCUGGUGUACAGCAAUCUUUAAGUCAUACCACAGAUUCUCAAUUGGAUGGAGGUCUGGGCUUUGACUAGGCCAUUCCAAGACAUUUAAAUGUUUCCCCUUAAACCACUCAAGUGUUGCUUUAGCAGUAUGCUUAGGGUCAUUGUCCUGCUGGAAGGUGAACCUCCGUCCCAGUCUCAAAUCUCUGGAAGACUGAAACAGGUUUCCCUCAAGAAUUUCCCUGUAUUUAGCGCCAUCCAUCAUUCCUUCAAUUCUGACCAGUUUCCCAGUCCCUAAUGAUGAAAAACAUCCCCACAGCAUGAUGCUGCCACCACCAUGCUUUACUGUGGGGAUGGUGUUCUCGGGGUGAUGAGAGGUGUUGGGUUUGCGCCAGACAUAGCGUUUUCCUUGAUGGCCAAAAAGCUCAAUUUUAGUCUCAUCUGACCAGAGUACCUUCUUCCAUAUGUUUGGGGAGUCUCCCAAAUGGCUUUUGGUGAACACCAAACGUGUUUGCUUCUUUUUUUCUUUAAGCAAUGGCUUUUUUCUGGCCACUCUUCCAUAAAGCCCAGCUCUGUGGAGUGUACGGCUUAAAGUGGUCCUAUGGACAGAUACUCCAAUCUCCGCUGUGGAGCUUUGCAGCUCCUUCAGGGUUAUCUUUUGUCUCUUUGUUGCCUCUGAUUAAUGCCCUCCUUGCCUGGUCCAUGAGUUUUGGUGGGCGGCCAUCUCUUGGCAGGUUUGUUGUGGUGCCAUAUUCUUUCAAUUUUUUAAUAAUGGAUUUAAUGGUGCUCCGUGGGAUGUUAUUAUUAUUAUUAUUAUUAUUAUGUUCAAAGUUUCUGAUAUUUUUUUAUAAUCCAACCCUGAUCUGUAAUUCUCCACAACUUUGUCCCUGACCUGUUUGGAGAGCUGCUUGGUCUUCAUUUGCCGCUUGCUUGGUGGUGCCCCUUGCUUAGUGGUGUUGCAGACUCUGGGGCCUUUCAGAACAGGUGUAUAUAUACUGAGAUCAUGUUACAGAUCAUGUGACACUUAGAUUGCACACAUGUGGACUAUAUUUAACUAAUUAUGUGACUUCUGAAGGUAAUUGGUUGCACCAGAUCUUAUUUAGGGGCUUCAUAGCAAAGGGGGUGAAUACAUAUGCACGCACCACUUUUCCGUUAUUUAUGUUUUCUAAUUUUUUGAAACCAUUUUUUUUCAUUUCACUUGACCAAUUUGGACUAUUUUGUGUGUGUCCAUUACAUGAAAUCCAAAUAAAAAUCAAUUUAAAUUACAGGUUGUAAUGCAACAAAAUAGGAAAAAUGCCAAGGGGGAUGAAUACUUUUGCAAGGCACUGUAUAUAACUAUUUUUUAUAUAAUGUAAUAUAAUAUUUUUAAAGCUGAUAGUUCUCUAGCCAAACUGCACUAUGGGUAGGUGAGUUUAUGUUGAGAGCAUUCAGCCCAGAGACAAGUGGAUUGACUACAUGGCCAGGACCGUGUUUCCAAGAAUGCUCCAUGAUCCAUCUCUCUUUUGUUGUCACUGAGCAGUGGCGGUCAGUGUGUGUUCCAGUGGGAGAUACUUUCUGGCUUAUGCUUCCAGCUCUAGGCUCUCUCUCUCUAUGGCUGCUCUCUCUGGCCUAAUACUCUACUCUCCUUUAUGCCUCUCUCCUCUCCUCCUCUUUUCCUCUCUUCUCUGCUCAAUGCCUCACUCAUUUUCUCCUCUAGGAUCACAUCUCUCUCUCUCCUUCUCUCUCCCUCCUCGUAAUUCCUCCUCUAUUUGCCCUAUAUAUCUCCCUGUCCUUCCUUUCCUCCCUUCCUUUCCUCCCUUACUUUCCUCACCUUCUCUUUCCUCUUCCUCUCCCUCCCCUCUUACCAUUACCAUUCCUCACCCUCUCACUUUCCCUCUCCUCCCACUUUCUGUCUCACCUCCUCUCCAAUUCCCCUUCUCCCCUUCCUCUCCCCCUUUCUCUCUUCUUUCCUUUCUCCCUGUCUCACCCUUUCUCUCCUCUUCUCUCCCUCCCUCUUCUCUCCUCUCUCAAUGCUUCGUGUCUGGAAGGUCCCAGGCCUUUCCGGGAGAUGUUCUAUAUACUGCAGACCGCUUGUGGCAAGAACUGUUCCACAGAAGGUAUCUCAGUUUGACUCCGAACUGCUUUUUUCUGCUUCAAUUUUCCUUUUCUUCCUCUUUUAUUUUACCCAUCAUUCACCUGUGCUUUUCCCAUCAUUCACUGUGUGCCCAGUGCUGCUCACGCCUUCUUCUGAUUGGUUGGUUGUAGACAAAGGGGGCGGGGCAGGUGAAAGGUGUUUUCCCUGCACAGAAGCUCGACAGAGUGGAUGUGUGUGGGUUUUUGUUUUGUGUGUGUGUGUGCAUGGGUGUGUUUGUGUGUUUUUACAAAUUAUUUAUAAUGUACAUCCCACACAGAAGCUCAUUAGAGAGUGUGUUGGUGUGUCUGUGUGUGCUUCCCACAUGUAUAAUGUACAUUGUAACCCUUUCUUCCAAGGUUAACAUAAGUGAUUUGUUUUGGAGAAAUUCCUCGCUGUACUAAAUUGGCUAUCAGACCCUGUGGUCUCCCUUUAUAGCGAAGCCCAUAUCUGCUGCCAUGGCAACGACCCCUGAGUGACCCUGGCGACAGCUUUGUCUAAUGGCCUGCUAAAGCAUCAGUAUUUGGGGAAACAUCACACCCACCACCCCUGAGCUGUGAGCGACACACACUACACACUCACAGAGGCGGAAACACACACACAGGCACACACAUGCAGAAACAUGCAGGUACACACGCACAGACACAAACGCUUACCCAACACAAAAAAAUACACACACUAUGUUGCACUCACACACACACACGUUCAGACACACACACACUACAUUAUUACACACACCUCCCACUGACAACCCAAUUAAGGGGAUGGCUGGUUAGUGGGAGGUGUGGGAGUUUAGGGUCAGGGGUGAGCUCAUUGUCACUUUGCCCCUGGUUAGAGAGAGUCCCUCACUGUAAAUGUCUGUUGCUCUGCCACAGGCACCUCUCCAACCAGAGGAACCAACAGGGAGAGGAUGGAGGGAGAGAGAGGAGAGGGGUAGGGUUGGAGAGCGAGAAGGAGGGGGAUAAAGAUAGAGAGAGGGAAAGAGAAAGAGGACAGGAGAAAAUGAGAGGGAAAGAAAGAGAGGGCUAGAGGGAAAAUAGCUGGAAAGUAGAGGAGAAAGAGGAGAGACUUAUUAAAGAUGGAAGGAGCGGAGGAGAAAGAGAGGACGAGGAGCUUCAGCGAUUAAAGGAAAGAUUAAAUGGAGGGCAGAGGAUAGUCUUGGAUGAAAAAUAGAGAGGGAGUGAAAGGUAGAGAGAGGGAGGGGGGGGGACUCAGGGGCCAGGUGAGAGUAGAGGGGCUAAACACUGUGAUUCAUUUACGGGGACAGACCCUCACAGCCCAGCCCAUUAUUCACCAGAACACUACACACACACACACACACACACACACACACACACACACACACUCCAAACACAUUCAGAUACCAAAUACAUACAGUGAGGGAAAAAAGUAUUUGAUCCCCUGCUGAUUUUGUACGUUUGCCCACUGACAAAGAAAUUAUCAGUCUAUAAUUUUAAUGGUAGAUUUAUUUGAACAGUGAGAGACAGAAUAACAACAAAAAAUCCAGAAAAACGCAUGUAAAAAAUGUUAUAAAUUGAUUUGCAUUUUAAUUAAGGAAAUAAGUAUUUGACCCCCUCUCAAUCAGAAAGAUUUCUGGCUCCCAGGUGUCUUUUAUACAGGUAACGAGCUGAGAUUAGGAGCACACUCUUAAAGGGAGUGCUCCUAAUCUCAGUUUGUUACCUGUAUAAAAUACACCUGUCCACAGAAGCAAUCAAUCAAUCAGAUUCCAAAUUCUCCACCAUGGCCAAGACCAAAGAGCUCUCCAAGGAUGUCAGGGACAAAAUUGUAGACCUACACAAGGAUGGAAUGGGCUACAAGACCAUCGCCAAGCAGCUUAGUGAGAAGGUGACAACAGUUGGUGCGAUUAUUCGCAAAUGGAAGAAUCACAAAAUAACUGUCAAUCUGGCAUGGGGCAUGGGGCUCCACACAAGAUCUCACCUCGUGGCGUUGCAAUGAUCAUGAGAACGGUGAGGAAUCAGCCCAGAACUACACGGGAGGAUCUUGUCAAUGAUCUCAAGGCCGCUGGGACCAUAGUCACCAAAAAAACAGUUGGUAACACACUACGCCAUGAAGGACUGAAAUCCUGCUGCGCCCGCAAGGUCCCCCUGCUCAAGAAAGCACAUAUACAGGGCCGUCUGAAGUUUGCCAAUGAACAUCUGAAUGAUUCAGAGGAGAACUGGGUGAAAGUGUUGUGGUCAGAUGAGACCAAAAUCGAGCUCUUUGGUAUCAACUCAACUCGCCGUGUUUGGAGGAGGAGGAAUGCUGCCUAUGACCCCAAGAACACCAUCCCCACCGUCAAACAUGGAGGUGGAAACAUUAUGCUUUGGGGGUGUUUUUCUGCUAAGGGGACAGGACAACUUUACCGCAUCAAAGGGACGAUGGACAGGGCCAUGUACCGUCAAAUCUUGGGUGAGAACCUCCUUCCCUCAGCCAGGGCAUUGAAAAUGGGUCGUGGAUGGGUAUUCCAGCAUGACAAUGACCCAAAACACACGGCCAAGGCAACAAAGGAGUGGCUCAAGAAGAGGCACAUUAAGGUCCCGGAGUGGCCUAGCCAGUCUCCAGACCUUAAUCCCAUAGAAAAUCUGUGGAGGGAGCUGAAGGUUCGAGUUGUCAAAUGUCAGCCUCGAAACCUUAAUGACUUGGAGAAGAUCUGCAAAGAGGAGUGGGACAAAAUCCCUCCUGAGAUGUGUGCAAACCUGGUGGCCAACUACAAGAAACGUCUGACCUCUGUGAUUGCCAACAAGGGUUUUGCCACCAAGUACUAAGUCAUGUUUUGCAGAGGGGUCAAAUACUUAUUUCCCUCAUUAAAAUGCAAAUCAAUUUAUAAAAUUUUUGACAUGCGUUUUUCUGGAUUUUUGUUGUUGUUAUUCUGUCUCUCACUGUUCAAAUAAACCUACCAUUAAAAUUAUAGACUGAUCAUGUCUUUGUCAGUGGGCAAACGUACAAAAUCAGUAGGGGAUCAAAUACUUUUUUCCCUCACUGUACACACAAGCAUGUACAACCGCUUCCGAAUUCCCCUCACACAUACUUUUUGCACAUGCCUAAAUCUAUGCUCCCUUAUCACACACACACACACACCACCCACACACCACCCACACACACACACUAAUCCACUGCUAAACGCAUUACUGUCCAGAAAGUAUAACACACCCAUUUGACUAUUAUUUAGCUGCUAUUAAACCUCCUAAACACACACACCGUCCAAACGGAUGCCGUUUUAACCACUCAACGUUUGCCAUGUAUGCCAUGUCAACCAUCCAGCCACCAAAUCCUAUAAACACAUCAUCAAGUCGUCCUCUUAUAGACGAGCCACCACAACCCUACGCUACAUUCUGAGCAGCUGGGUUCUAUAUAUCAAGUCAAUCCAGACAGCUGGGUUCUAUAUAUCAAGUCAAUCCAGACAGCUGGGUUCUAUAUAUCAAGUCAAUCCAGACAGCUGGGUUCUAUAUAUCAAGUCAAUCCAGACAGCUGGGUUCUAUAUAUCAAGUCAAUCCAGACAGCUGGGUUCUAUAUAUCAAGUCAAUCCAGACAAAGCAUGACUGUGAUGAUGAUGCCAAUUCAGUUUGAUCCUAUGUCCCCUGUCCAGCCUAUACCAAUCAAUCCCAGAAAUCCUAGAUUCUCCACUCAGCCUACUCAAACGAUCCCAGAACCUCCCCACGCACUCAAUCAACCACUCACUAUAUCCUAGCCAUUUUCUCAACCGAUUAAAGCUAGUUAACGAAGGCGUUGUUGAACUAAUUUCCAAACAGCAAUUCUCCUCAUUUUCCUAUUCUUUUGUUAAUUUGCUUGGUUUUAUCUGUUUACGCCAAACGCUAACUUCCUCCCCUCCUCCUUCGUUGAAAGGAAGAUAAAUAUGCCUCUUUAUCGGUUGUGCUGCCUGCCAGAGUGUUGUUAAGCACUGGAGCGGCUUCCCUUACUAAUCUGCAUAGAGAGACUGAGGGAAACAAUUUUAGCGUUUAAUAACAGCCGUGUCGCGGAGGGUUCGGUUUCCCCUCUAUAAUUUGAUGGAAGGGAACUGUUCUUUUUCCGUCUGCCCGGUUGCCGCCGUGCCAAACCUCAGUGCCUCCUUUCCCGAAAUGGAGCGUUUGGUUGAUUGGGUCAUAUAGGAUGGCUCCAGACAGACAGACAGACAGACAGACAGGCAGAGAGCCUUCUGAAGCCUUCAUGGUUGGAUUUUAAUACUCUUAAAUGGCUUAUUUUUCUUAAUACUGUAGUGGAUUCGGCUAUUUCAGCCACACCCAUGCAAUUUCCAUAGACAAACAUUGGCAGUAGAAUGGCCUUACUGAAGAGCUCAGUGACUUUCAAAGUUGGCACCGUCAUAGGAUGCCACCUUUCCAACAAGUCCGUUCGUCAAAUUUCUGCCCUACUAGAGCUGCCCCGGUCAACUGUAAGUGCUGUUAUUGUGAAGUGAAAACGUCUAGGAGCAACAACAGCUCAGCCGCUAAGUGGUAGACGACACAAGCUCACAGAACAGGACCGCCGAGUGCUGAAGAACGUAGCGCAUAAAACUUGUCUGUCCUUGGUCUGUCCUCACUACCGAGUUCCACACUGCCUCUGGAAGCAAUGUCAGCACAAUAACUGUUAAUCGGGAGCUUCAUGAAAUGGGUUUCCAUGGCCGAGCAGCCACACACACAACCCUAAGAUCACCAUGCGGAAUGCCAAGCGUCAGCUGGAGGGGUGUAAAGCUCGCUGCCAUUGGACUCUGGAGCAGUGGAAACGCGUUCUCUGGAGUGAUGAAUCACGCGUCACCAUCUGGCAGUCCGACGGACAAAUCUGGGUUUGGCGGAUGCCAGGAAAACGCUACCUGCCCUAAUGCAUAGUGCCAACUGUAAAGUUUGGUGGAGGAGGAAUAAUGGUCUGGGGCUGUUUUUUCAUGGUUCGGGCUAGGCCCCUUAGUUCCAGUGAAGGGAAAUCUUAACGCUACAGCAUACAAUGACAUUCUAGACGAUUCUGUGCUUCCAACUUUGUGGCAACAGUUUGGGGAAGGCCCAUUCCUAUUUCAGCAUGACAUUGCCCCCGUGCACAAAGCGAGGUCCAAACAGAAAUGGUUUGUCGAGAUCGGUGUGGAAGAACUUGACUGGCCUGCACAGAGCCCUGACCUCAACUCCAUCGAACACCUUUGGGAUGAAUUGGAACGCCGACUGCGAGCCAGGCCUAAUCGCCUGACAUCAGUGCCCGACCUCACUAAUGCUCUUGUGGCUGAAUGGAAGCAAGACCCCGCAGAAAUGUUCCAAAAUCUAGUGGAAAGCCUUCCCAGAAGAGUAGAGGCUGUUAUAGCAGCAAAGGGGGGACCAACUCCAUGUCAAUGCCCAUGAUUUUGGAAUGCGAUGUAUGACGAGCAGGUUGUCCACAUACUUUUGGCCAUGUAGUGUAUAUUGCACUCCACUAAUGAAUGUAAAAUCGUCUGGUACGGAUAUGAUGCUAAUCAGCAUACUGAACCGUAAAAGCACUAGAUUGCUGUUAGCAGAAGUUAAGGGAAUGAGACAAGGAUCAUGGCUGUUUUCAGUCUCUUCCUUUUGCACAUCUUUUGAGGAAAUCUGUUAGAACCGCAUCACUGGAGUUAUAAUGAUUUAAGAGACAGAUGAUAGAGAACUGGAAGUGUUUAUUCUAACCCAAGCACAAAUAGGACACACACACACACCCAUGGUGAGUGGUGGAGCGUUAUAGCAUUAGCUGGUGCUGGGCUGAGGUCAUGGCUUUAUUAGACAGAGACGCCGGGGAGGAAUCUGCACCACAUACGCUAGUGCGCACACACACACACACACACACACACACACACACACACACCACUCACACGCACACGCACGCACGCACGCACCUCACUCACACACACACACACAACACACACCACACACACAACACACACACACACACACUCACACACUCACACACACACACAUAAUCUCAUUCAUACACACAUACUCAUUCAUAUAGUAUACACACAGGCAUGCAGACAAGCAGACACAUUCUCACACACACAGUCUUGUACAGCAAACCUUGUGGGGACACACAAUUCGGUCCCAUUCAAAAUCCUAUUUUCCCUAACCCCUAAACCUAACCCUAACCCGUACUCUUACCCUUACCCUAACCCUAACCUUAACCCUAACCUUAACCCAAAAACCUAACCCUAAACAUAACCCUAGCUCCUAACCCUAAAACUAACCCUAGCUCCUAACAAUAACCCUUAAUGUAAUUUUAACCCUAACACUAAUUCCUAACACUGGUCCUCUGUAGCUCAGCUGGUAGAGCACGGCGCUUGUAACGCCAAGGUAGUGGGUUCGAUCCCCGGGACCACCCAUACACAAAAAUGUAUGCACGCAUGACUGUAAGUCGCUUUGGAUAAAAGCGUCUGCUAAAUGGCAUAUUAUUUAUUUAUUUAUUUAUAAUUCUAACCUUAAACCUAAACCCCCUAGACAUAGCAUUUGACCUUGUGGGGACUAACAAAAUGUCCCCAGUUGGUCAAAUUUCUGGUCCCCACAAGAACUUCUGCUCCCCACAAGAAUAGUUAAACACGUCUACGACACACACACACAAACACUCCGGACCCUUACAUCGCACCUCCAAAUGACCUUUACACACUCUGAGCUGUGAGUGGGAUCAGCGUGAGGCCAAAAUGUCCAUUUAAAUCAAUUAGGUACCAGAGAUGAGGCUAUGGUUUAAUUGCAGCCAGUCUUAGUGGGCUCAUUUCAGACUCGGGCCCGUUCACGCCUGAAGCUCCAUUGACACAGGCUCUGUUAAUUCAGUCUUUCAGGGCUCUGUUAAUUCAGUCUUUGAGGGCUCCGUUAAUUCAGUCUUUGAGGGCUCUGUUAUUUCAGUCUUUGAGGGCUCUGUUAAUUCAGUCUUUGAGGGUUCUGUUAAUUCAGUCUUUGAGGGCUCUGUUAAUUCAGUCUUUCAGGGCUCUGUUAAUUCAGUCCCUCGAGGACUGUUAAUUCAGUCUUUGAGGGCUCUGUUAAUUCAGUCUUUCAGGGCUUUUUUAAUUCAGUCUUUGGGGGCUCUGCUAAUUCAGUCUAUCAGGGCUCUGUUAUUUCAGUCCCUCGAGGACUCUGUUAAUUCAGUCUUUGAGGGCUCUGUUAAUUCAGUCUUUCAGGGCUCUGUUAAUUCAGUCCCUCAAGGACUCUGUUUAUUCAGUCUAUGAGGGCUCUGUUAAUUCAGUCUUUCAGGGCUUUUUUAAUUCAGUCUUUGGGGGUAUCUGUUAAUUCAGUCUUUGAGGGCUCUGUUAAUUCAGCCUUUGAGGGCUCUGUUAAUUCAGUCUUUCAGGGCUCUCUCGUUUACUGGCUCUCUGUCUCUUAAUUGUUAUUUGCAGGAAGAGGAGGAAAGACUUCAGUCUGUCACAGUCUUGUUGGGUCUCUCUGAACCUAGUAAUUACUCACAGAUUGGUUGAAAGACACACGCACACACACACACACACACACACACACACUUGUAUUGUGAUUGUGCAUGCCCACUCCCUGUUAGUUUAUGUGUGUACGCUUUUGUGUGUAAUGUUGUAUUUGUGUGUGUUUGUGUCUAUUUAUGUAUUCCCUGGAAGAGAGACAGGAAUUGUUCAGAUCAUAUACUCCACACAACACUGUCACACCCACAAUUCAGUAUGCUUCCCUGUUUUUCACUAUCACAGACCCAUACACCUUAUUAAAAUGUACGUUUAUGUGUAAGAGAGUCUGUUUGUUAGUGUGAGGUAGAGAGAGAGAGAGAAGAAGAGUGAGAACGUUUGUGAAAGACAAAAGAGAGCGAGAGAUGAAUAAACCAGCCCCUCCUCCUCCUCUGUCUCUAACCCCCCUGUGCUCUCUAUUCCCCCCUCCUGGCCAGGUGGUAACACUGACAGCCUGUUUGACAUAGAGAAGUGCGUGGGCACCAUCAUCAUCGCUAAGCCUCUGGACGCUGAGCAGCGCUCCUUCUACAACAUGACUGUGGAGGUGACGGACGGGACCAACUCUGCAGCCACACAGGUAGCUGGAGACACAACAUAUCAGAUCCCUAUUUAUUUAUUCUCAGAAAGAGACAAAUCUACUACCUGUAUGUGUUGAUUUUGGAGUGCGUAAGUUAAAGUUAACGUGGCACUGUUAGUAUUGUGUUCUGUAGCUUUCGACCACCUGUACAUCUGAACACGCAUAAAUGCACCCUUACACAGACCCUCACACACACCCUCAUAAAGUAUAAACCACAUGCAUGCUACUAAUAGUUACUUUUGAAACCACAUACACAGACCUCGCCUUCAUGGACGGACGCUACACUCCCAUGCCCUCAUUUUUCCCAAGGACAUUAUGUUUUUAACUAAUUUCAUCAGCCAUUUUGAAAAACGUCUUUAGAUGGUGUGAUGGAUGGCGUCACAUUGUCACAUUAAUGAUGGCGUCUGGCGUUUCAAGGACCUAUUAGAGUGAUCGGAACACGGCGAGCGGUGAUAACUAGCAGUGUAAUCGUCUCUCUCUCCCCGCGUCUAAUUCCUCUGUUUGUACAGAGGACAGUAGCCUCCCCUGUCCUGUUCUGCCAUGUCCUGCCCUGUUCUGCCAUGUCCUGUCCUGUUCUGCCAUGUCCUGUCCUGUUCUGCCAUGUCCUGUCCUGUUCUGCCAUGUCCUGUCCUGUUCUGCCAUGUCCUGUCCUGUUCUGCCAUGUCCUGUCCUGUUCUGCCAUGUCCUGUCCUGUUCUGCCAUGUCCUGUCCUGUUCUGCCAUGUCCUGUCCUGUUCUGUUCCUUUCGCACUGUUCAGACUGUGGUUGAACGGUCCAAAGAUUGUUAGUGUAUAAACUGAGCUAGUGUGAAGAUUCUUUAUCAGUCUCUGUUUGAGUUAGGAAUGUCAUGUUGUAUAGUGGGUUGGACGUUAUACAGUGUGAUGAUAGAGAAAUAUACCAGUAUAUCUUAUUUCCCUUUCCUCUUUUAGAUGAUCUGUCACAUACUAUGUGUGUUUACUGUGUGUUAAAUGCAGAAGGUGACUGUGGUGGAACAGGACACGCACACACAGUAGAAUGGAUUAGCAUUUUCAUAGAGAGGAAUGGAUUGCAGUGACAUACGGAAUGUGCUUGCAAGACACCUUAUAAUUUCCCCGUGACAGUCCGUUCCACGCGAAUGUCACUAUACCUGCUCCGUUGUCAUUUUCAGGGCCAGUGCUUUUCAAUACCCAGGCAUUAGGCCUGUGAAAGGGACACAUUAAUACAUAUAAUUUAUAUUCAUAUGUAUUUUGUAUUUUUGUCAUAUCCAUGCAUGUCUGUCUGUCAUGUUCCUACGGUGCUUGGCAUUGUUUCUGUAAAGCGUUUUGAGACAAGGUGACAGAGAAACUGGUUCCCUGGUGUAAAGGAUAGUAUACUGAUAAUGCUGGAGAUUUAGAUUAAUAUGAACACAUUCACACAUACAUGUACUGUAGGUUUGGUUGCCUUUUUCCAUUUCUUACAUCACAUUGUGAGGGGGAAGAUAUAGAGAGCGCGCGAGAGCGGCGAGCGCGAGCGCGAUGAGAGGAGAAGAGAGAGAGCGAGGAGCGAGAGACGAGAGCUAUCUCUCUCUCAUCUCUAUAUAGUCGCGAUAUCUAUAGCUCUCUCUAUCUCUCUCUCUCUCUCUCUCUUCCUCUUUUCAUCAGAAUGAUAGCUGGAGGGAAAUGCAAAUUGGCUUUACUGUUGUGUGCCCUGAAAGAGAGAGCCAACCCACUGGGCACAGACGUCAAUUCAACAUCUAUUCCACAUUGGUUCAACGUUAUUUCAUUGAAAUUACAACGUUGAUUCAACCAGUGUGUGCCCAGUGAGAAUCCUCAUUAAGUACAGAGAUCUAAUAGCUAGCUAGGGCACAGGAAGCCAAAAACAUCCUCUCUCACCUACUCUACUCUCUAUUCAGACUGAGUAACUCUUUCUGUCUCAGUUGGUCCAUUAGGCCAUGUCGUGCUAGUACCUGUUCACGAUGUCCAAGCCCCCUUGCUAUUCAUUCCAACACACUGCCUACCAACACACACACACACACACACACACACACACACACACACACACACACACACACACACACACACACACACACACACACACAUACACAUACAGUCCCUACACACCCCUGCAAGAUAGUCCUGUGUAGAUCAGUUGGUAGAGCAUGGUGCUUGCAGCGCUAUGGUUGUGGGUUUGAUUCCCACGGGGGACCAGUACGAAGAAAGUAUUAAAAUGUAUUCACUCACUACUGUAAGUCGCUCUGGAUAAGUGUGUCUGCUAAAUGUCUAAAAAGUAAAAAUGCAAGAUGUGCUGACUAAAUCCCUAUGGGUGUUCAAUACACCUACAAACACAUGUGUAUCCCCCCGGCCCACACACACACCUGUAAGACAUUCUGACAGUAGAGCCAGUCAUGAGAGGCUGUGCUGACUUCCCUUCUUCAACAUCACAGAUGGAGGCUCAGCGUGACGCCCAAUGGGGGAAAUCUCCACUGUUCACCGGCAGGAAGACAGCUGCUGCUCCUGUCUUAUAUUUAGCCUCCCAAUACGCCUUCCUUCUUACGCAACGCCACCGCCUUUGUCACCGGCGGUGGGAAUCUGCUGUUCUUGACUCACAAGAUUUCCAUGAGUCAUCAACCGUCAACACAGUACAUGACAUGCAACACAACAAGCACGUCAGCAAACAUAUGUCUCGACUGGCAUAUACGGUACAUGGCGUAUAUAUAUACAUGAGCUGCAAAAACAUCUUAUUCACAUAAUAGUUGUGACAGACUCGCAAAUAUGUACUGUAUGACACGGAACUGAAUAUAGUAUCUGACCGACUGUAUAUGUUAUGGCCUGAAGACAAAAACGUUUGUGUGUUGUAGUACUACGACAUAGCCUACCCACAACCCCCCUCUCUCCCUCUCUCCAGGUCCACAUCACAGUGUUGGACAACAACGACAACGCACCCGUCUUCUCCCAGCCCACCUAUGACAUCACCAUCUCUGAGGACACGCCCGCGGAGACGGAGGUGGUCCAGGUGUUGGCGUCGGACCGUGACGAGCGCCACCGCCUCACCUACUCCCUCCACAGCGCCAUCGACCCCUCCAGCCUGCGGCUGUUCCGUAUUGACCCCAACACUGGCACGGUGUAUACUACAGAGAGACUGGACCACGAGGCUAGAGCACAGCACAUCCUCACUGUCAUGGUGAGAGACUGAGACCGUUACUGUUCUAUCAAAUAUGGUUAGGUUAUCUUGAAUUUCAUUGUAAGGGAGUAUUCCAUUUGCAUUAUUUGUUCACAUUCUCUUAAGAUUCUGCAUGAAAAGCCCUCCAUUGGUUAUGGAUGUGUUGAAGCUGUCAGAGGAGGAGAGGAGAGGAGAGGAGAGGAGAGGAGAGGAGAGGAGAGGAGAGGAGAGGAGAGGAGAGGAGAGGAGAGGAGAGGAGAGGAGAGGAGGAGAGGAGAGGAGAGGAGAGGAGAGAUGUAGAGUGGGUCAAGAACAUUAUCUUUAUUCCAGUAGCUUAAUAUUCUAAUGUAACUCAGCUCUCCUGCCAGAGACUACUUCUAUGUCUGUUCUCAUUUUACCUGAGCUCAUCAUUAAGCAAUUACACUAAUUACUGAGAGCAAUGAACCAACGUCUCACCCUCGUCAAGGGAAUGAGACAGUUUUAGGAACCAUGACCGUGUGUGUGUGUGUGUGUGUGUGUGUGUGUGUGUGUGUGUUGGGGAGAGAGAUAAAAGGAAUGUGCGAAAGAGAGAUGUGAGAGUGAUCUGUCUGGAACUGUUUUGUGUUGGUUGGGAGAGUGUUAGGUGUGUGUGUGUGUGUGUGUGUGUGUGUGUGUGUGUGUGUGUGUGUGUGUGUGUGUGUGGAGUCAGACUGUAUUUGUGUGUGUUUGUGUGUGUGUGUGUGGAGUUUUAAAAUGAAUCACCCUCAUUCACUCUGUUUUACUUCAUUCCUCUGGUUCAGUGGGUAGUAAAAAUAGGAAACGACUGCUCAUCUUACCACUGUAGUCGUACUGUUUUCUCAAAUCACUUCAUCUCCGGGAAAUGUAAUUAUCGAUCAAACGUUGUCAUUUUGAAUUUUAUCAUACCGUGGUGAUAAGCGAGGUAGGAACGUCUGCUUGACAUUUUUAAUGAGGGAAAAUAUUUCAGUUUGAGGCGAAGCACUGAUUUAAUUAGGUGGAAUCCACAGGUAGAUAGUAUAUUUAAAAUCUGACAUUCGGUGUGCCCAUGGCAGUGCCUACUGUGCUGGAACCAGGUAUGUUUCUACAUGUAUAGGCUAAAAUAUGAUCAGUAUCUCAUAAUUAUAACAUCUUCCUGCACUAAAUAGAUAAGAGGUCUAACAAUAUAAAUAUUAAUUGACUACACAUAACCACUACAGAGUCCAAGAUAACAGUCCCCAAACAGAGCAUUGACUACACAUAACCACUACAGAGUCCAAGAUAACGGUCCCCAAACAGAGCAUUGACUACACAUAACCACCACAGAGUCCAAGAUAACGGUCCCCAAACAGAGCAUUGACUACACAUAACCACUACAGAAUCCAAGAUAACAGUCCCCAAACAGAGCAUUGACUACACAUAACCACUACAGAGUCCAAGAUAACGGUCCCCAAACAGAGCACGUAUAACAGUUUUGGCUAUUGUGUGUAGCUGCUUUGAUUAAUAGAAAGGCUGAGCCACAAUGAUACUCCUAUUAUCCUGAGCCUCAGGCGAACAUAGACAAACAUGCAUAGACACAGACAGAACAGACACAGAACAGCUCUUAUCUCCAAUGGACCCAGUGAUCUUCCGCCUACCACUUCCUCAGUACCAUAAUACCAUUCAGUCUAGGGCUAUUAUACCACUCAUAGUCCCAGUGGGUUGUGUUAAGAGUGUUGAACUAGCCAGUGUUUCAUAAUACUGACAGCAGACCUAGCGCUAAUUCUGAUGCUAAUGCUGGUUCUAUUAAUACUCACCCUGUGUGGUGCCUCGUAUGAGACAGGCUUUUUCUCUGAUCCCAUUCUCUUGUUGUGGAGAGUCUCGCAUCGGGGCAUAAAUAUCCAUCUCAUUAGCCCUCUAAUUCUCAUCUGGUCUCUCAAUGACAGGAUUACUCCGUCCCAAAAGACCCAUGGUGGUUUGCAGUGACACUCACUUUUCAUUUCAUGGGAAGUUAAAGCUUCAGUACAUUUUAUAAAUGGAAACUCCAAGAAUAUUUGUCCUAUUGAUUCUGUUUGUUUAGAAAGUUAUUUUGUAAUAUGCAAGUGUUUAUUUUGCCUCAUGCCGGUUAUAUAAUGAGAAAUGUAAUUGUGUCAGAUCUAAUACUAUACACCUGCAUUAGUAGACCAAUGAUUGGAAUAAUUUUUCUCCCUCAGGUAAAAGACCAGGAGUUUCCGUACAGGAGGAACCUGGCCCGAGUGUUGGUGGAUGUGGAGGAUGUUAAUGACCAUGUCCCAGUGUUCACCAGUGCUCUGUACGAGGGUUCGGUCUAUGAGUCUGCAGCAGUGGGCUCUGCUGUGCUCCAGGUGACUGCCCUGGACAAAGACAAGGGAGAGAACGCAGAACUCCUGUAUACUAUGGAAUCAGGUGAGCAACUAUAGAAAAGGAAUUGUAACUAAACAAUAAGGCCCGAGGAGGUAUGGUAUAUAUGGCCAAUAUAACACGGCUAAGGGCUGUUCUUAAGCAUGACGCAACACGGAAUGCCUGGAUACAGCCCUUAGCCGUGGUAUAUUGGCCAUAUACCACAAACCCCCAAGGUGCCUUAUUGCUAUUAUAAACUGGUUACCAACAUAAUUAGAGCAGUACAAAUAAAUGUUUUGUCACACCCGUGGUAUACCGUCUGAUAUACCAUGGCUUUCAACCAAUCAGCAUUCAGGGCUCGAACCACCCAGUUUAUAAUAAGAGUUUUAGAACUAUCAAAAUAUUAAGGUGUGUCUAACUAUACAUAGAUAUAGACCAGGGGUCUCCAACCUUUUCUAGCAUGAGAGCUACUUUUAAAAAAGGAAACAUUGUGCGAGCUACAUUUUGGUUUUCUAGCUUUCAAAUAGGCACAUUCUUCCUUUCUCCUCUCCCCUGCAACUCUUCCCCGGGUCCUUAGAAGGAAAGUUGCGCAAUAUGUUUGCUGUCAAUAUACAGUUGAAGUCGGAAGUUUACGUUUUUCACAAUUACUGACAUUUAAUCCUAGUAAAAAUUCCCUGUUUUAGGUCAGUUAGGAUCACCACUUCAUUUUAAGAAUGUGAAAUGUCAGAAUAAUAGUAGAGAGAAUGAUUUAUUUCAGCUUUUAUUUAUUUAAUCACAUUCCCAGUGGGUCAGAAGUUUACAUGCACUCAAUUAGUAUUUGGUAGCAUUGCCUUUAAAUUGUUUAAUUUGGGUCAAACCAUUUGGGUAGCCUUCCACAAGCUUCCCACGAUAAGUUGGGUGAGUUUUGGCCCAUUCCUCCUGACAGAGCUGGUGUAACUGAGUCAGGUUUGUAGGCCUCCUUGCUCGCACACGCCUUUUCAGUUCUGCCCACACAUUUUCUAUAGGAUUGAGGUCAGGGCUUUGUGAUGGCCACUCCAAUACCUUGACUUUGUUGUCCUUAAGCCAUUUUGCCACAACUUUGGAAGUAUGCUUGGGGUCAUUGUCCAUUUGGAAGACCCAUUUGCGACCAAGCUUUAACUUCCUGACUGAUGUCUUGAGAUAUUGCUUCAAUAUAUCCACAUAAUUUUCCUUCCUCAUGAUGCCAUCUAUAUUGUGAAGUGCACCAGUCCCUCCUGCAGCAAAGCACCCCCACAGCAUGAUGCUGCCACCCCCGUGCUUAACGGUUGGGAUGGUGUUCUUCGGCUUGCAAGAACCCCCUUUUUCCUCCAAACAUAACAAUGGUAAUUAUGGCCAAACAGUUAUAUUUCUGUUUCAUCUGACCAGAGGACAUUUCUCCAAAAAGUACGAUCUUUGUCCCCAUGUGCAUUUGCAAACCGUAGUCUGGCUUUUUAUGGUGGUUUUGGAGCAGUGGCUUCUUCCUUGCUGAGCGGCCUUUCAGGUCAUGUCGAUAUAGGACUUGUUUUACUGUGGAUAUAGAUACUUUUGUACCUGUUUCCUCCAGCAUCUUCAAAAGCUCCUUUGCUGUUGUUCUGGGAUUGAUUUGCACUUUUCGCACCAAAGUACGUUCAUCUCUAGGAGACAGAACGCGUCUCCUUCCUGAGCGGUAUGACGGCUGCGUGGUCCCAUGGUGUUUAUACUUGCGUACUAUUGUUUGUACAGAUGAACGUGGUACCUUCAGGCGUUUGGAAAUUGCUCCCAAGGAUCAACCAGACUUGUGGAGGUCUACCAUUUUUUUUCUGAGGUCUUGGCUGAUUUCUUUUGAUUUUCCCAUGAUGUCAAGCAAAGAGGCACUGAGUUUGAAGGUAGGCCUUGAAAUACAUCCACAGAUACACCUCUAAUUGACUCAAAUGAUGUCAAUUAGCCUAUCAGAAGCUCCUAAAGCCAUGACAUCAUUUUCUGGAAUUUUCCAAGCUGUUUAAAGGCACAGUCAACUUAGUGUAUGUAAACUUCUGACCCACUGGAAUUGUGAUACAGUGAAUUAUAAGUGAAAUAAUCUGUGUAAACAAUUGUUGGAAAAAUUACUUGUGUCAUGCACAAAGUAGAUGUGCUAACCGACAUGCCAAAACUAUAGUUUGUUAACAAGAAAUGUGUGGAGUGGUUGAAAAACGAGUUUUAAUGACUCCAACCUAAGUGUAUGUAAACUUCAGACUUCAACUGUACCUGGUAAAAUAAUGGUUAAUAAACCACUCUAAGGGGGCCCUAUUAAAUCGCAGAUUUUUUUCCCAAAUUCUGUUUGAUAUUUACCAAAUUAUGUUUUCUCAGUUAAAUAUUUUCUGGUUUUAGAUGUAUAAAUGUUUUACUCUCAAAAUUACAAUUGUUCAUAGAGAAACAAUGAAAUUGGAUGUUCUGAGUCCAUGUCAUGCUUAAAUCACAUCAGAAGACAAUUUUUUAGAAAACUAACAAAUAGAUUUUUGAGUGUAAUUUAGUUGCGCAUCUGGCCCUUUAAUUACUGUCUAAUGUGAGGAAUGUGCCAGUCUAGCGAUGGUUCUGUACUGCUGCUACUCAUUUCAUGGCAAAGUUAGCAAAUAAUAGAUACAAAUGAUAUACUUACUCAUGAUAUACUUCUGUCAGGUAAGCCUACUUUACAGUUAACAUUUAAUUGAGAAGGUUUUGGGGAAAGUACGCCCAUUUCUGUCAACCUACAAAAAUGGUUAUCACAUCAACUGGCUACAAAUGGAGCAAUAGACAAACGUGCGCACCACACAGACAGACAGGGACAAUUGCUGGAAAUUAAUUGGCAGAUAUUGUGUUAGGUUUGGCUUUUUAAGCCAAUAGUGGCUAACCAGAGGUGGGAUAAUGUCAAUAUUGUGUUGAUUAGAUAGUAGCUGGGAGCUUGCAGUGUCUGAUACUUGUGAGAUUUGUUUAUGACAGUUUGCGGUGGAACACGUGAAAAUGUCAUGUACUUUCAGAAUUGUUUGGCAAGCUACUCAUAGGUCGGUCGACCUAUUGGAGACUCCUGAUAUAGACAGUAUAUCGAUAAUAGAUUACAAUAUACAAACAGUUUAUAUAGAUUUAGUUACACUAGUUUUUAUCACUGAAUAUUCAUUGUUAUGUCUGUUUUCCUUUAGGCAACACAGGGAACACGUUCCGGAUUGAGCCGGUUCUGGGGAUCAUCUCUGUGGCCCGCGAGCUCGACCUCUCUAACAUCGGCCAUUACGUCAUCACUGUCAGAGUCACCGACAACGGGUCCCCGCCACUCUCUGCCACCUCUGUGGUUCGCAUCACCGUCACGCUCUCCGACAAUGCCGGACCCAAGUUCCCCCAGACCGAGUACCAGGCCGAGGUCACAGAGAACAUUGCCGUGGGAACCUCUGUCACCACGGUGAGCGCCAUGAGCCAAUCCACACUGACCUAUGACAUCCGACAUGGCAACAGCAAACGCACCUUCAGGAUCAACCAGUAUAGCGGUGUGAUCACAACUCAAAAACCCCUUGACUAUGAGACCACAGCAUCUUAUAACCUGAUUGUCCAGGCCACCAACAUGGCUGGGAUGGCCUCCAACGCCACCCUGCUCAUACGGGUGGUGGAUGAAAACGACAACCCACCUGUGUUCCAGCUGCUGCGCUACCAAGGUAGUAUCAGGGAGGCAGUGCCCAUCAACAGUGUGGUCCUGAACCCAGACAACACUCCUUUGGUCAUCAAGGCCACUGAUGCUGACCGCAACCAGAACGCUCUCCUGGUCUAUCAGAUCGUUGAGGACACAGCCAAGAUGUUCUUUACAGUGGAUUCUGGCACCGGCUCCAUCAGGACUAUCGCCAACCUGGACCAUGAGACGUUUGCUAGUUUUAACUUUCAUGUUCACGUGAGGGACAGUGGGAGGCCUCAGCUGACAGCGGAUAGCCCCACUGAGGUCACCAUCCAAGUGAUCGACACAAACGACUCUCCACCUGUCUUCACCCAGGACGCCUAUGAAACUGUCCUGCUGCUGCCCACCUAUGUAGGAGUAGAGGCAUUACAGGUCUCAGCCACGGACCCAGAUCAAAACGUCCCCACAGAACUCACCUACUCACUGACAGAUGGCAACCUGGAGCACUUUGCCAUCCAGCCCUCCAGCGGCAUCAUCACCGUCAAGAACAACAACUUCUCCAAGGAACGGUUCCGCUUCAAUGUCAAAGUGUCCGACGGGAAGUUCUCCAGCACUGCUCUAGUCACUGUGCUGGUCCGUGAGACGCUGGACUCUGGCCUCUUCUUCGCCCACAGCCUCUACUCCUCGUCCAUCCAGGAGAACAAUACGAACAUCACCAAAGUGGCCGUGGUCAAUGCAGUGGGGAAUCGCCUCAACGAGCCCCUCAAGUACACCCUACUGAAUCCAGGGACACGCUUCCGGAUCCGACCCACCUCUGGCGUAAUCCAGACCACUGGGGUUCCCUUCGACCGUGAGGAGCAGGAGUUCUAUGAGCUGGUGGUGGAGGCUGGGAGGGAGCACGACCAUCUGCGUGUUGCCAGGGUGAUGAUCAGGGUCCAGGUAGAGGACAUUAACGACAACGCUCCUGUGUUCCUAGGACUUCCGUAUUACGCUGCUGUCCAAGUGGAGGCUGAACCUGGUGCGCCCAUAUUCAGAGUCACCGCCGUGGACCGUGACAAAGGCAUCAACGGAGAUGUGUCCUACUACCUCAAAGACGACCACGGACACUUUGAGAUUGACAGGCUGACGGGCGGCCUCCGUCUGAAGAAGGCUUUUGAGUCUGACCUGUCCAACCAGGAAUACCAGAUGGUAGUUUACGCCAAGGACGGAGGUUACCCUUCCCUCUCAUCCACCGUAGAGUUCCCCAUCACUGUGGUGAACAAGGCCAUGCCCGUCUUUGACAAGUCCUUCUACGCAGUGACGGUGAAUGAGGAUGUAGAGGUACAUACGCCUAUAUUAGGAAUCAAUGCCACCAGCCCAGAGGGCCAGAACAUCAUCUACACCAUCGUGGAGGGAGACCCCUCUCUGCAGUUCGACAUCGGCUUUGACACCGGAGUCAUCAGAGUCAUCAACUCCCUGGACUAUGAGAUCGCCCCAUCCUUCCGUCUGACCGUCAGAGCCACAGACUACCUGACCGGCGCUCGUGCUGAGGUGGACGUAGAUGUCACAGUUAAUGACGUCAAUGAUAACCCUCCAGUGUUUGAGAAAACAUCAUAUAAGGCGGUUCUGUCUGAGACUGCCAUGAUCGGCACUCCGGGGCUGCAAGUGGUGGCUACCGACCAAGACUCUGAGAAGAACAACAUCGUACGCUAUCAGAUCUUCUACCCCACAGAUGCCUACAACAACACCGACCACUUCCACAUUGACAGCAGCAGCGGCCUCAUCCUGACCGCCCGCAUGCUCGACCACGAGCUGGUCCAGCGCUAUGACUUCAUCGUCAGGGCAACCGAUAACGGCUUCCCACCGCUGAGCAGUGAAGUGUCGGUCACAGUGGUGGUGAACGACAUGAACGACAACCCUCCGGUGUUUAACCAGCUUCUCUACGAGGCCUAUGUCAGCGAGCUGGCCCCUAGGGGCCAUUUUGUGACCUGCAUCCAGGCUUCGGAUGCUGACAGCUCCGACUAUGACAAACUGGAGUACAGCAUCCUGUCAGGGAACGAAAGGAUUAACUUUGUGAUGGAUGAUAAGACUGGUAUCAUCACGCUGUCUGGUCACAGAAAGCAGAGGAUGGAGCCAGCCUACAGUCUGAAUGUAUCCGUGUCUGAUGGGGUGUUCACCAGCACGGCCCAGGUGCACGUCAGGGUCCUGGGGGCCAACCUCUACAGUCCUGUGUUUGAACUGAAUGUCUACGAGGCAGAGGUACGGGAAAAUGCAGCGAUAGGAGUCAAGGUGAUCCAGGUAAGAGCCAUACAUUUUAAAGUAUUCAGCUUAUGAGCAUUAAUUGAAAUAAUGAUAUGUAUUUUAUUUACUGAAGCUUUGAUGUACACAAUACUGUAUUUGUAAUAGUAUUUGUAAUAUGUUUUGUUUGACAUGUGCAAUACCCCAUCUAAAAUAAAGUAACUUAACUAUUAUUUCCAGGUGAGGGCGACCGAUGCUGACCCAGGAGUGUUUGGCCAGAUUACCUACUCAUUCAUCAAUGACGUGGGCAAGGACCAGUUCAGUGUGGACGCCAAUGGUCAGAUCACCACCCUGGAGAAGCUGGACAGAGAGGACCCAGCCAACAAGGACAUUUUCCUCACGGUGGCAGCCCAGGACAAGGGUGGAAGGGCCUCCUACUGCACCGUCCGGGUCUCCCUGGUUGAUGACAACGACAACGUCCCUCGCUUCAGAGCUACGGAAUACCGUGCUUCCGUCAAAUCUGACGUGGGCAAGGGCUUCCUGGUGACCCAGAUCCAGGCAUAUGAUCCUGACGAUGGUGCCAACUCUAAAGUGACAUACUCGCUCUACAGCGAGGCGCACGCACCCGUGGUGGAUAUCUUAGAGAUCGACCCUGACAACGGCUGGAUGGUCACCAAGGGGAGUUUCAGCCACCUGUGCAACUCUGUCCUGUCUUUCUUUGUCAAAGCAGUAGAUGGAGGCAUCCCUGUCAAGCACUCUUUAGUAUCAGUCUACAUCCAUGUCUUGGCCCCUGACGCCCUCAUCCCGUCCUUUACCCAACCCCAGUUUUCCUUUACCGUCCCAGAGGACACCCCUAUAGGAGCUGCCCUGGGGUCCGUCCGCCUCAUCACCCCACCAGGCUACGCCUCGCUGCCAGUCACCUUUGCUCUGGUCAACGGAGAGACCGGGGAAAACAACCAGGAUGGAGUCCUGGUGGUGGACUGGGACACUGGGGUCAUCAAGCUGGACAAGCCCCUGGACCACGAGGUCAUCACCUCCUUCCACUUCAAGAUCACGGCCACGGUCCAGCAGGCCAAGCUGGACUCUGUGACCAGCGUAGACGUAGAAGUCAAAGUCUUGGAUCUGAACGACAACAAGCCAGCAUUUGAAUCCAACUCUUACGAGGCAACAGCGAUGGAAGGGAUGCCUAUCGGCACCAUGAUCAUCCAGGUUCAGGCUCUGGACCCAGACUCUGGAGCUAACGGACAAGUUACAUACAGCCUAUGCACAUUGGCGCAAUCUGAAGGGGAGCCGGACCAAUCCACAGAGACCUUCACCAUUGACAGCAACACAGGCUGGAUCUCUACUCUCAAGGAGUUGGACCACGAGAUGUGCCCAUCCUACGCCUUCCUGGUUGUGGCCUCAGACCUGGGGGAGGCCCUGACCCUCUCCUCAACCUCCAUGGUGACCGUGGCCGUGUCAGACAUCAACGACAACCCACCCAGCUUCCUGGAUGAGAGGUACUGGGGCUCGGUGCGCGAGAGCGACCCCCCUGGCGAGGUGGUGGCGGUGCUCAACACUAGAGACGACGACAGCUCUGCAGUGAACCGCCAA